AUUAGUCCAAAUAUCAGAAAGGAAUUAAGUUGGAUUAAGGUACCGAGGUUCCACUGUAUAAGUAUACAAUCACGCACGCGCAUUGCACGUGGCCGCAAUCGCACGUUAGUAAUGCUCCAUUCACCAUUCCCUCAACUGGUGGAAUAUUCCAAAAAGAGAACGAUAACGACUAUCAGAAAUUAAAAGGAAGAAAAUCACGUGGUUUCACACUAUAUGCUCAGCUGACUCUGAUCUAUUGUAGUCUAGCUACAAUAACGUACUCAAAUAGUGGGAUCAUGUCUCAAAGAUCUGACUCAAUAGACAUAUCUGGCCUGCAGGACAUACAAACACCUUUUGGGGUGCAACUGUCAGGUAUUUAUAAGAGGAGCUUUGCUUAUGUAACAAAUAAGGAUAGAUUGCCUAUUAUUUUAACUAAAAUAAUUGAUAAUCUAAGUCGUAAUAAGGAAAGCAUUACACAAAAAUAUGGAAAGAAUGCCACAGAUGAAAUUAAACAAGAAAUUAAAGAAAUAGUAGGAUUUAUUAGUAAAUUAAAGAAUGAAAUAACUACAAACAAAACUCUGAAACCAAUACCAUUACUCCCAAAUGGAAAGAAUAAUGAUGCUGAGGAAUGGAAUAAAUAUCUAAUUAAAAGAACUGAGAUAGAAGGUGGUACACCAACAUGGUUUAAUACUAUUUGGUUGUACGGUGAAUGCUAUAUGUAUCGGAUACUUGUACAAAAAUUCCUUCUCAUGAAAUAUUUGCACAAUUAUGAUCCUUUUGAGCAACAGAAACAAGGUGCAUUUGUAGAUUCACUAACUAGCAUAGAGUUCCUUUCUACGUAUAUCAUGAAUCUUACACUUAGAGCAGAGUCUUUAUCAGUAGUUGAAACCAAAGAGGAAUUUUUCAGACUUCUUAAACUAAAUCUCUGGGGCAACAAGUGUGAUUUAUCUCUAAGUGCAGGAGCUGAAGUCAGUCAGAGUAAAAAUCCUAUAGAUGUAUUGAAAUCAUUGGAUGAAGACAUUCUUGUAAAUAAUUCAGAAUUUAUUUGGAACUUACUGAAAAACAAGGAAUCUAACAAUACAGUUGUUAUAGAUAUGAUACUUGACAAUGCAGGAUAUGAAUUAUUCACUGAUUUGUGUUUAUCUAUAUUUCUGAUUUCUUAUAAACUUGCUGGAAAAAUAAGAUUCUAUGUAAAACGUUAUCCAUGGUAUAUCAGUGAUGCAACAAGAAAUGAUUUUUAUUGGACUUUAGAAUAUAUGAAAAAUUCACCACAUAAAGAUCUACAAAAAUUAUCUGAAUUGGCAUAUGAUCACUUGAAGAAUAACGUCUGGACCAUUGAGGAAGAGUCAUACUGGACAGGUCCUCAUGAUUUAGCAGAGAUGAAAGAACAUGAUCCAGUAUUAUAUGCAAAACUGUCAGAAGCUAAAUUAGCAAUAUUUAAGGGUGAUUUAAAUUACAGAAAAUUAGUAGGUGAUAUAAAUUGGGAGUAUACCACAGAAUUUACUAAAUCAUUGAGAGGUUUUCAGCCAACAAAUAUUCUAAGCUUGAGAACAGUGAAAUCAGAUGUUUGUGCUGGUUUAGCAGUUGGUGUAGCUGAGGAAUUAUUUAGGAAAGAUGAGAACUGGAUGUGUACAGGACAGUAUGGGCUCAUUCAAACAACUCUGGCUGGGACGUGUCAUUGUAAUAGAAUAUGUUAAAAUACUAUGAAUUAAGAAAUAUUUAAAAUACUGAAUUAUAUCAUUGUACAAAAUUACAUGUACUUAUAUGAUCUACCAAUUGGUAAACAUAUUACAUUUGAAUUGUUUAAGUACUUAUACAGAGUAUAAGGGAUCAUAUCUAAAUUACGUAGUACAUAAUUUAAAUUAUGGACAAUUGCUUGUACAUUAAGAUUUUUAUGAUAUUAACAUUUUGUAUUUUUGAAUCUUCCUACUGUAAACUUUUCUUCCAAAAUGUAUGAUUUAAAUAUACAGUGUUUUUACAUGAAAAUGUAAAUUCAAAAUAUUAA